AUGGGAGAAAUCGAUGAAAGUGGUUUGAAAGAAAGAGGUGGAGUUGGAAAACCAAAGCGCCUAAGAAGAGAAAAGAAUUUCUUUUCGGAGGGUUCAGAUUUCACAAUGUCUUUAGAUGGCCAUGAUAAUUUGUGUGGCUUUCAAAAGUCAACUUUUCCUUUAUGUGUAUAUGGUGGUCAGGACACUUUCAGUGGUAGAAUACAGUUCCUGAGAAUAUCUACAACUAAUAAUGAUCCAAUGGUUAUUGGUAGAUAUUAUAUGGAUUAUUUGUUUGAAACAGAAAGAUUGCCUCUACGAUUAAGAGUAGACAGAGGUACAGAGACCGGGGAUUUGACAACAAUACAUUGCUAUCUUCUGGAUAAAAAACUUGAUGAUAUGGAUGUGACAGACUGCAUCCUUUAUGGUCCUUCAACAGAAAAUAAGAUUGAAAGAUUCUGGAGGGAGUUACAUCACAGAUUAGAGAUCUAUUUUAAGAGACAACUUUCUAGUCUUUUAGAAAGUGGUGCAUAUAAUCCAUCAAAUAAAAUUGAGAGACAACUGCUUGCUUAUAUUUACAUUCCUGUCAUUCAAAAGAAGUUAGAUACAUUCAAAGAUUGUGUGUGGAAUAAUCACCGAUCCAGAAAGAAUGACAGAAAAGAAUUUCCAACGGGUGUACCCGAGCACAUUUACCAUUUCCCAGAGAAAUAUGGUGGAAGAAAUUGCGGCUUUCACAUGUCAGUGAAUGAGCUUGAAGAGGUUUCUGAAUUAUCAGGUGUUUAUCAACAACCAACACCCUACUUUACUGAAGACUUUAAACAAAAAUGUUUACUGCACGUAGACAGCAAUGAAAUAAACUCUUCUGAUGCUGAUACUGCUUAUAAAUAUUUAAAAGAGCAUUUCAAGUAG